AUUUCUUUUUUUUUUUUUUUACUGUUUCGUGUGCAACAAAGUACUGAGCUCGACAGUUACGAAGAAGGGAAAGCCACCCUUUCUGAGAAUCUUUAUUUUGCUCYAGUUUCAUAGCGGAUUUUUCACAUUUCCUCCAAACCUUUCUGCAACAUAUCAGGAGUUUAACUGAACCUGAACCAACCGUUGUUCGGUCUUUUGGUCAGUGUUGGGACGCUUUGUGGAGGAGCAAGUUUUUUACCCCUUUCUUUUCAGUGCUUAGUCGUUUUGUUGAGCUGCCACUAGGGAAAAAAAACCGAACCAGGACUAAAAGCGGCGAGUUGACAAACCAGAAAUACACCGCAGAACCGCGGCCCCAGCCGCCGCCACCAGCGCAACGGGGAGUCGGGGCCCGAGAGGGAGCCUGCCAGGCCCUCGGCUUGAUGCACCCAGCCUGCCUUGCUGCCACAGCCACAGUCCGGGAUGGGGGAAACCAAAAUUAUCUACCACCUCGACGACCAGGAGACACCGUACCUUGUAAAGCUUCCCGURCCUGCUGACAAAGUCACGCUAGCGGACUUCAAAAAUGUCCUGAAGAAGCCAAACUACAAGUUCUUCUUCAAAUCUAUGGACGAUGACUUCGGUUGCCUUUUUAGGUUCAGUAGCUCCACUGAGCAGAGCUCAUCUAGAUUAAUGAGACGACAUCGCCGUCGCCGACGGAAACCGAAGGCCUCCAACAUGGACAGGUCUUCAUCAUUCAGCAGCAUCACAGAUUCCACCAUGUCUCUGAACAUUAUCACCGUAACUCUUAACAUGGAGAAGUACAACUUCUUGGGCAUCAGUAUUGUGGGUCAGAGUAAUGAGAGGGGAGAUGGAGGGAUCUACAUCGGUUCCAUCAUGAAGGGAGGAGCUGUGGCUGCAGAUGGACGGAUAGAGCCAGGCGACAUGCUCUUGCAGGUGAACGACAUAAACUUUGAGAAUAUGAGCAACGACGACGCGGUCCGGGUGCUGAGGGACAUCGUKCACAAACCGGGCCCCAUUACUCUGACUGUUGCAAAGUGCUGGGACCCGAACCCUCGAAGCUGUUUCGCUCUCCCCAGGAGCGAGCCCAUCCGACCCAUCGACCCAGCUGCAUGGGUGUCCCACACAGCCGCCAUGACCGGGGUUUACCCUCCGUACGGCAUGAGCCCUUCCAUGAGCACCGUCACCUCCACCAGCUCCUCCAUCAGCAGCUCCAUUCCCGAGACAGAAAGUGAGUCAUAUCGUYCUCCACCGCUGCCUGCUGUGGCUUGUUAUUGCAGCAUUUGUAUCCCAACUGUCGUCACUUUCGUUUUGGCUCCACGUACAACAUCAUCUCUCACUAACACGCUGCUAAGACUCGAAAUUAAGUUCAUCAGAAAUGUGAGUUUUGUGUUUUCUAAAAUGUGUUUGGCCCUCUCCAUCUCAGGGUCCGAUGUGGUGGACUGGCUCUUCCAUCAUGUGGAAGGGUUCUCGGAUCGUCGGGAAGCACGGAAGUACGCCAGCAACCUGCUGAAAGCCGGCUACAUACGGCACACUGUUAACAAGAUAACCUUUUCCGAGCAGUGCUACUAUGUCUUCGGGGACCUUUGUGGCAACAUGGCCCACCUCUCACUACAUGACCACGACGGUUCCAGCGGAGGCGCUUCGGACCAGGACACAGUCCCUCCUCUGCCCCACCCAGGUGCUGCUCCCUGGCCAAUGCCUCUGCCUUAUCAAUUUCCCAUCCCGCAUCCUUACGACCUGCCGCAGCCUUUCCACGGGGGGCCGGCAGCUGGGAGCGCUGGGAGCCAGCACAGUGGAAGCAGCGGCUCUAACUGCAGCAAGCACGAGGGUCGGAAAUCCGGCGGCAGCGGCAGCGAGUCCGAGAUCAGGAGCCACAGAGCUCCUAGCGAGCGCUCAGUAGCUCCCCCUAGCGAGCGCAGCAUCCGUAGCUCUGUUAGCCACCGCAGUGCCAACUCGCACUCCAUAGCCUACGGGCCCGGCCUCGUGUACGGCCCCCCCGGGCUGCCUCCCCAGCCCACUCAUCUGUCCACCKCCGCACCCGGCGCUCCGCAAGGCAGAGAGCUGACGUCUGUGCCUCCCGAGCUGACCGCUUCUCGCCAGUCCCUGCGUAUGGCGGUGGGCAACGCCGGAGAGUUCUUUGUUGACGUGAUGUGACAAUGUGUUGGAGUUGGUAGUAAAGUAGCAGGUUAGAUGUUCCCAUCUCCUUUCGGGUGAGGAGGACAUCAUGACAUGUCAACGGAGGCAGGAGAGAUCGCAAAAGCUGUAACUCAAAGUCUUGAUAACUUUUUUUCAAAAAGCAUAAAACCAACCCAGUUUUGCAUGCUGAUUUAAAAAAUAAAAAAAAAUGUCUUCAUCACUUGUGCUUUUCUCCCAAGUAAUAAUGCCCAUACUUUCUUCAGUGAAGAAACACCCUAAGCUCAAGAUGGAACCAAAGUGUCUUUCUCAGGGUUGGGAAAAGUUUGUUUAAGGACAAAGCUGGAGUGGGAGGGAUCGGGUGGAAACGCUCAACUGGGAAGAUGACUCGGCUCAAAUCCACAUGGAUGGUUUUCAUUUGURCUGCUAUUCCCACCUCCGCUCUGCUUUCCUUUUCUUACUCUUCAGCCCUCCCCCUCUCUAUCCUUGUCAGGAAAAAGAAAAAAGAGGAUGAAGCACUUUUCCUCUGUUCUUUUAGUCCCCACUCUCUGACCUCUAACAAGGAAAUAAAUCUGAAGAACACUARACCUUAACCUUGAUUCAAAUGUUUAAAGUGUUUGCUUGUCAUAAGAGAGAAGGAUAGAAAGAAAUGAGAAAUUUUGUAUGUAGGAUUACAGUCGUUUUUUACUGUAAUGUUGCAUUUGUUUUGUUAUAUACAUAGUUGGUCACAACUAGGUUCGUUUUGAAGCUYAACAGCAGCAUUGAACAUUAAGAGUCCUUUUUACACUACAAUGUUGCAUUUUAUCAGCUAACCAGAGAACUUUCAAUCUCAUGAUGAUGUAUAGUGGAACAUUUCUUACCAUGUCUUUCACACUACUCUUUUAUCAAGGAAAAAAAUGUCUUUUUAUUUAUAAAUAUAGUUUUAUGACAUAAA